CAGAUGUUAAAUGGAGAAAGAAAUCCGCAAAAACUUCACCCGCCUCUUCUCUCCUCUCUCUUCUCUCUCUCUUCAGUCGCCACGUUUCUCUCUCCCAUUCAAUGCCGGACGGAAACGAAUCGACCUGAGAUUCCGAAUCCGUCUCCUUUCCUCGUAACUCAAACCGGACGACUCGUCAACAGUGUCGGCGAUGUUAGGACGAGACGAAGAACUGGCCCGUACUACGAACGGGAGAGGGAGUCUGGCCUCCACAAGUCACCGGAGUUUGGCCGGAGCUUCGAAAAGUUUCAGAGAUGCGUUUGUUCCUCCGACGGACGAGGUUUUCGGGAGAAGCGACCGGAGGGAAGAAGACGACGUGGAGCUCCGGUGGGCGGCGCUUGAGAGACUGCCGACUUACGAUAGACUGCGAAAAGGGAUGUUGCCGCAACAAACGGCGGUCGACGGGAAGAUUGGGCUGGAGGAAGUCGACCUCGCGAAUCUCGCACCUAAGGAGAAGAAACAUCUCAUGGAAAUGAUUCUGAAAUUCGUCGAGGAAGACAACGACAAGUUUCUCCGUCGACUGAGAGAAAGAACAGACAGAGUGGGAAUCGAAGUUCCGAAGAUUGAAGUAAGGUAUGAGAAUAUAUCAGUGGAAGGAGAUGUGCGUAGUGCAAGCAGAGCUCUUCCUACUCUCUUCAACGUCACUUUGAAUACAAUUGAGAGCAUUCUUGGACUCUUCCACCUCCUUCCAUCUAAAAAGAGGAAGAUUCAGAUACUCAAAAACAUCACUGGCAUUGUCAAACCAUCAAGGAUGACCUUACUACUUGGUCCACCAAGUUCAGGGAAAACAACUUUGUUACAAGCUUUGGCUGGAAAGCUCGAUGACACCCUCCAGAUAUCAGGGAGGAUAACUUACUGUGGUCAUGAGUUUGGCGAGUUUGUUCCUCAAAAGACGUGUGCUUACAUUAGUCAGCACGACCUUCACUUUGGAGAGAUGACUGUGAGAGAGACACUGGACUUCUCGGGACGAUGUCUUGGCGUUGGGACUCGGUACCAGCUGCUUACUGAGCUCUCAAGGAGGGAGAGAGAAGCUGGAAUAAAGCCAGACCCUGAAAUUGAUGCAUUCAUGAAAUCCAUCGCCAUAUCAGGCCAGGAGACUAGCUUGGUUACAGACUAUGUACUUAAGAUACUUGGUCUUGACAUCUGUGCUGACAUACUCGUUGGGGAUGUCAUGAGACGUGGUGUGUCUGGUGGACAAAGGAAGCGUCUAACGACAGGAGAGAUGUUGGUCGGACCAGCGACAGCUCUAUUCAUGGAUGAGAUAUCAACAGGGUUGGAUAGUUCCACAACGUUCCAAAUCUGCAAGUUCAUGAGGCAAUUAGUUCAUAUCUCGGAUGUUACGAUGAUCAUCUCGCUUCUACAACCUGCACCAGAGACAUUUGAGCUCUUCGACGACAUUAUCCUGCUCUCAGAGGGUCAAGUUGUCUACCAGGGCCCAAGGGACAACGUUCUUGAGUUCUUUGAGUACACGGGGUUCCAGUGUCCUGAAAGAAAAGGUGUUGCAGAUUUUCUUCAAGAAGUUACGUCUAAGAAAGACCAAGAACAGUAUUGGAACAGGAGAGAACAGCCUUACAGCUAUGUCUCAGUGAGUGAUUUCUCAAGCGGAUUCAACUCUUUUCACACAGGGCAACAACUUGCUUCAGAUAUCAGGGAUCCUUACGACAAAGCUAAAACCCAUCCUGCUGCACUGGUGACACAAAAGUACGGUAUAUCAAACCGGGAGCUGUUCAAGGCAUGCUUUGAUAGAGAAUGGCUGCUCAUGAAACGAAACUCCUUUGUCUAUGUGUUCAAGACCGUCCAGAUUACCAUCAUGUCCUUGAUCGCCAUGACGGUCUAUUUCAGGACAGAGAUGCACGUAGGCACGGUGCCAGAUGGUCAAAAGUUUUUUGGUGCUCUGUUUUUCAGCUUGAUCAAUGUGAUGUUUAAUGGAAUGGCUGAACUAGCAUUCACGGUGAUGAGGCUCCCGGUUUUCUACAAGCAGAGGGACUUCUUGUUCUAUCCUCCGUGGGCUUUCGCCUUACCAGCUUGGCUUCUGAAGAUUCCGUUGUCUCUUAUCGAAUCAGGAAUAUGGAUCGUUCUUACAUACUACACCAUCGGUUUCGCUCCUUCUGCUGCAAGGUUUUUCCGGCAGUUGCUUGCAUACUUCUGUGUGAACCAGAUGGCCCUUUCAUUGUUUAGAUUCCUUGGAGCCGUUGGAAGAACAGAAGUAAUCUCCAACUCGGCCGGGACCUUCACAUUGCUUAUUGUAUUUGUUCUUGGAGGCUUCAUUAUUGCUAAAGAUGAUAUCCCGUCAUGGUUGACUUGGGCCUAUUAUAUAUCCCCAAUGAUGUAUGGACAGACUGCUAUUGUCAUGAAUGAGUUUCUGGAUGAACGAUGGGGCGCGCCCAACACUGAUACUCGCAUCGACGCCAAAACAGUAGGAGAAGUCCUCCUAAAGAGCCGAGGCUUCUUUACAGAGCCAUAUUGGUUUUGGAUCUGUAUCGUGGCUCUACUUGGGUUUUCUUUGUUGUUCAAUCUCUUUUACAUAAUAGCCUUGAUGUAUCUGAACCCUCUCGGUAACUCCAAAGCUACAGUUGUGGAAGAAAGUAAAAACAAACAGAAAGGGAAUAACCGUGGAGUAGAAGGUUCUCUUGUGGAACUCAAUAGUCGUUCAAGUAAUGGGCCAAAGAGAGGAAUGGUUUUACCUUUCCAGCCACUUUCUCUUGCAUUCAACAAUGUGAACUACUACGUGGACAUGCCUGCAGAAAUGAAGGCUCAAGGAGUUGAAGGCGAUCGCCUACAGUUACUAAGAGAAGUUGGUGGAGCUUUCAGGCCAGGCAUAUUGACUGCAUUGGUCGGUGUAAGUGGUGCGGGCAAGACAACCUUAAUGGAUGUCUUGGCCGGGAGGAAAACAGGUGGCUACGUGGAAGGGAGUAUUAGCAUAUCUGGUUACCCAAAGAACCAAGCAACAUUUGCUCGGGUCACUGGUUACUGUGAACAGAACGAUAUACAUUCUCCACAUGUGACCGUUUACGAAUCCCUCAUUUAUUCAGCCUGGCUUCGUCUCUCCGCCGAUAUAGAUGCCAAAGCACGAGAGAUGUUUGUUGAAGAAGUGAUGGAGUUGGUGGAGCUAAAACCUCUAAGAAACUCUAUAGUUGGUCUCCCUGGAGUAGAUGGUCUUUCAACAGAACAGAGGAAGAGGCUCACUAUUGCAGUUGAAUUGGUAGCUAACCCAUCUAUAAUCUUCAUGGACGAGCCUACAUCUGGUCUUGACGCAAGAGCUGCAGCCAUUGUUAUGCGUACUGUUAGAAACACCGUUGAUACAGGGAGAACUGUUGUUUGUACCAUUCACCAGCCCAGCAUCGACAUUUUCGAAUCCUUUGAUGAGCUUCUGUUGAUGAAACGAGGAGGCCAAGUUAUAUAUGCUGGAAGCUUAGGGCAUCACUCACAAAAACUCAUUGAAUACUUUGAGGCAGUUGAAGGGGUUCCAAAGAUCAAGGAAGGAUUUAAUCCUGCGACGUGGAUGCUUGACGUAACCACUCCAUCAAUGGAGUCACAGUUGAAAAUGGACUUUGCUAAAAUAUUCACUAACUCCUCUCUUUCUCGGAGAAAUCAGGAAGUCAUCAAAGAGCUUAGUACUCCACCACCAGGAUCAAACGAUCUCUACUUCCCAACCAAGUACUCGCAACCGUUUUCAACUCAAACCAAAGCUUGCUUCUGGAAACAGUACUGGUCUUACUGGAGACAUCCUCAGUACAAUGCCAUCCGGUUUCUCAUGACAACAGUGGCUGUAGAAAUCAUCUACAACGCUCUACAAACCGGAGUCUACACGCUAAUCCUUUACUCAAUGAUAGGAUACGACUGGACUGUGGCCAAAUUCCUCUGGUUCUACUACUACAUGCUCACGAGCUUCAUCUACUUCACGCUAUACGGUAUGAUGCUUGUGGCCUUGACACCAAACUAUCAAGUCGCUGGAAUCUGCAUGUCCUUCUUCCUCAGUCUCUGGAAUCUCUUCUCCGGUUUCCUCAUCCCUAGACCGCAAAUACCGAUAUGGUGGAGAUGGUACUACUGGGCAACACCAGUGGCUUGGACACUGUACGGAAUCAUCACGUCUCAAGUAGGAGACAGGGAUCCGAUGGUGCAGAUCGCUGGUGUUGGAGACACGAGUCUCAAAACGUUGCUCAAAGAUGGGUUCGGGUUCGAACAUGACUUCCUACCUGUUGUAGCCGCUGUCCACAUCGUAUGGAUCCUGCUCUUUGUCUUUGUGUUUGCUUAUGGUAUCAAGUUCCUCAACUUUCAAAGAAGGUGAAGAAUCCUUUUGUAGAAUAGAGUUGAAUUAGAUUAGUGUUGCAAGUUGUUGAAUUCAUGUAAAUUUUCUUUGAAUUAUAUAUAUAUAUAUAUAUAUAUAUCCUUUUGUAUUAUUUUGUUUCCAAGUUACAAAUGAUACUUUAAUAUGAUUUUUUUCUUUUUUUAGAAUGAUUAAUACCUAUUGGGUAUAUUCUAUAUUCUCUAA